AUGGAUUGCAAAAAGUGCCACCAUCCCGUCAUAAUAAAAGAACAGCCUCACAUAUAUUGUAAUGGAACGUGCGACGAACCGAAAUGCGUACUUCAUGAUGACAUUAUUGAGCUCAAGGCAAAAAUUGAUUCAAUAAUGUCUAUGCUCUCUUCGAAUGGAGAAUGCAGCUCGGAUACUGUUAUGAAACUCUCUACUCCAAAUCAACAAACACUUCUGGAUGAUUCUGCGAGAGUAUCGAAUGGCGCUAAUUAUAGUUUCGCAUUGUUGCUUACAAAUAUCGACAGCAGUGUCUCUGAAGACGACGUUCAAGUGAUGGUAUCUAGAUGUCUGGGUGCCUGUGAUACUGAAUGCAAAAGUAUUAGGAAAUUAGUACCGCGAUGGGUCGAUACCAGCUCUCUAGAUUAUAUCUCAUUCAAAAUUGUAUUGAAUCGGAAAUGGAAAUCAAUUGCUAUGAUGCCGUCUACGUGGCCAAGAAAUGUUAAAUCUCGUGAGUUUAGGCAGAGACAAUGUACCUGGAAACCAGAUGAUAGAUAAUUUGCUAUAUUUUUGUAUCGAUCACUUAUAUUGUUGUUUUUCUUAUUAUAUUUAAUGAAAAUCUAGCGUCUAAUUUUAUGUUGUGUUUUGAAGUUGUGAGUAAU